AUGGUGCGUCUAGCGGCCGAGCUGCUGCUGCUGCCUGGGCUCCUCCUGCUUGCCUUGCACAUCACGGUGCUGCGAAGCAGCGAUCCCGAAGCGCCGCCAGGCAACCACAGCCAGCGUCAGCAGGAAGUCCUUCACACAGAUAGCCUUUCGUCUCUCGAGAGCAGCUUCAUGCUAGACCCAGAAGAUGGACAGAAUUAUCGUGGUCACCAGGCAGCACACCGCUCAUUUGCCAAGCAGCGAUUCAGGCAGCAGAAUGGACAGACUUCUUUGCAAAGAGAUGGACCCCGAUCUUUCCUCUUGGAUCUUCCAAAUUUUCCUGACUUCUCAAAAGCAGACAUUAAUGGGCAAAACCCUGACAUCCAGGUGACUAUAGAAGUUGUUGAUGGAACAGACUCUGAAUCAGAGAAAGGUCUUCAAAGAGAAAGCAGCAAAACCAGCUGGCCUGUCCCAUCACCAAAUUGGAGAAACUGGUGGCAAAGAUCAGCACCUUCCAUUACUCGCAUGAGUAGUGGUGACCAGGAUUAUAAAUAUGAUAGCACAACUGAAGACAGCAACUUCCUGAAUCCCUUGAGUGGCAGGUGGGACAGGCAUCCAUCAAGUCAUCGGAUGUUUGAAUCAAAGGAGCAGCCAGAAUAUGAUUACAUAGAUGGAGAGGGAGACUGGAGCCUGUGGUCAGUUUGUAGUACAACCUGUGGGAGCGGCAAUCAGAAACGCACCAGGACCUGUGGAUAUGCCUGCACAGCCACUGAAUCGAGGACAUGUGACCGACCAAACUGCCCAGGACUCGAGGAUACCUUCAGAACAGCAGCCACAGAAGUGAGUUUGCUUGCAGGAAGUGAAGAAUUCAAUGCCACAAAGCUCUUUGAAGUUGAUACAGAUAGCUGUGAAAGGUGGAUGAGUUGCAAAAGUGAAUUUUUAAAGAAGUACAUGCACAAGGUAGUCAAUGAUCUUCCUGCUUGUCCUUGUGCAUAUCCCACCGAAGUAGCUUAUAGCACCGCAGAAAUCUAUGACCGUCUGAACAAGAAGAACUUUCGCUGGAAAGAUGCAAGUGGGCCAAAAGAAAAACUGGAGAUCUAUAAGCCUAGUGCCCGCUAUUGCAUUCGGUCCAUGCUGUCCUUGCAGAGCACUACCUUGGCAGCACAGCACUGCUGCUAUGAUGACAGCAUGCAGCUGAUUACCCGGGGGAAAGGGGCCGGCACCCCCAACCUGAUCAGCAUUGAGUUCUCUGCAGAACUUCAUUACAAAGUGGAUGUUUUGCCCUGGAUCAUUUGUAAAGGGGACUGGAGUAGGUACAAUGAAGCCCGGCCACCUAAUAAUGGUCAGAAAUGUACAGAAAAUCCUUCGGAGGAAGACUAUUACAGACAAUUUCAGGAAGCAAGAGAGUAUUGAAAAGGGGUGUGGGAGGAGCUGACUUCUUUGAAAACUUCAAAAAGUGGUGGUGUUGGUCAGCAGGACACAUCAGUGAAAAAACUUUAUUUUUGGAAAAUUGAAUUAACCUCCCUACUCAUUGUACAUAGUUGUACAAAAUACACAAUUUUUCUGAAGUGUUUUAUUUAUGUCUGCAUGUAGAUAUGGUCUAUAGCCCCCCUCCCCUUUGCACUCAGACAUGAAAGUAUCUCGACAUGCUUUAUAUAGUGAUAUGCAUUCUGCUUCCAUUAAGAUGAGUUUAUGCUCAUAUGCUCCCUUAGGGACGACAGUACCUGUAGUUAAAGAUGAGGAUCAUUGGAUUUCACAUGAAAAGAAAAUUGCUUCUCAAUGCCUCAGUCAUUCAGAAUAAACUUUUGCUAUUAGAAAGAUCUACAUAUAUUGAAAUUGUAGUACCUCAAUUUCAAGUAUUGAAAUGUGGUUUACGACUGCAUUUGAGGGUAACAUUUUGUCUCACUAAGGAAAUAAUGACAAGAUUCAUUGCAGAUGUGAUGAAAGUUAACUUCAAAUCAAAUUGUGCCUUUGCUUUGCAUCAAAGGCCAAGUUUGCGGCUGAUUUCCAGAGUUACUGAAAUCCUGGGUUGGGGCAUCUUGACAUUGGAGGCUUUGACUAUUCCAAAGCCCUCCCAGCAUCAGCAUCAGCAUCAGAUUAGCAGGGCCAAAUCAGAGAGGAAUAGCUGGUGUUAUUGCUGUCACUAUUAUUCCUGUCUAUUGGAAGUAGCAGGAGGAAGACUAGUUUAUAAGCUUGUGCAAUUUUCUUCGUGAUUGUAAAGAGGCAGGAUGAGGACUGAAAGCACUGUGGAUCCUUUGUAUUCUCAGCCCCUCCUAGCCUGCUGCCACACACCCUUGUGAGCCUUUCCCGUGUGGUUUUCUAAUAUCGGAAACAGCACAGAGGUUGGUGGAGUGAUGGAAAUGGGGCUCCAAUGUCAAACUGCCCACUCUGACAUUACAGUUCUGUCUCUGACUG